AUGUCUCAAAAGUAUCCUCUUCUUCUCCGAUUUCUCUACUCUCCAUCAAAAUUAGAGGAAAAACUCUACUUUAUUAGAAGUUUUAAAUUAUUAAAACUUCAUGAACAGCAACAACAAUCCAACAAGAAGCAACAACACACUCCCUAUGUUUUAUUUAAUGACUUUCCGACAUCAUCAACAAAAUUAUUUUCGAACAGUCAAAAUUUGAUUGCAAAACAAGUGGAAAAUUUGUUAUUUAAAUGGAAGGAAGUUGAUAUUUCACAUGAAACUAGUAUUGAAACAUUUAAUCAUCAACAAUCUCAAUUCCAAAAUUCCGAAAGAGAAUAUUCUCAAAUAGAGAUGGAUGCCGAGUUCUUUAAAAGUCGUAAACAAAGUAAUUUUGAAUUGAGUAAUCAAAUGGAAGCAAAUAAGAAAAUUCCACAUCCACUCUUUGAAAAAUCCUCAAUUUCAUCUCUUCACAAUGAACCUAAUGAAAAGGCAAAAUUACAAGUGGAAAUUUUACAACGAAUGGAAAAGCAAAGAUUGAACAUUCUCUCAAAGAAGGUCCAUGAUGAAUUAGGAUGGUGUCCAAUGAUUGAUAAUUCCUCAGAUAUUCUCUACAUGAAAGGUCACUGUAAGAAGGGUAGUGUUAUUGGAUUUUAUCCUGGAAUGGUCUAUUCAGUCGCUCAAUUGAAAAAAGCUGAGGAAAAGUUCUUGAAAAUUACAAAAGGAGACUCAUCCAUUGAUCGAUACAACAGGAGCAUGUUACAACCCUAUCUUCAAAAGUCAAAUCAGCCUCAGUUUUAUAUUAAUGGUAACUUGGAGAAUGAAAUCUUCUUUAAUACCAUGUAUAAUCAUGAUGAAAUAUUCAAUGAUGCUACUCUUUCCUUCAAUAAUGAUGAUGAAGAUGAUGGCCAUCAUAAGAAUAAUAGAAAACAAGCAGAAGGAGCUGGUAGCAAUCUAUCUAAACGUUUAUCCAAUGUACUAGAAGGAGAAGAGGAAAACUUUGAAAAGUAUGGAUGUUAUUUGGCUUCACGUUUUCUUCAUCCCUUCUCACUAAUGAACAAAUCCUUCUUUUCCAAUACUUCGAGAAAGAUAUCAGCCAAUGUAUUAGCCUUCCCUUUUGUUGUUCCAAUGUCGUUGGAUCCUUCACUUUUUGCCUACAUUCCUAAUCGUGUUGUUGAUGAUAAGAGAUCACUGCUAUCAGGUACUGGUUUGAUGCAGGGUGUUGUUUAUAUUGCGGAUAGGGAUUUGUAUGAUGAGCCUAUCAUCAGAGAGUCGUUUGUUGUUGAAUAA